AUGGAUAUUGUAAUUGGUGGAUAUACUGCUCCUGAAUACGCUGUGCAUGGCCAUUUAACACAAAAAGCAGAUGUUUAUAGCUACGGAGUGAUUGUCCUAGAGAUUGUGAGUGGAAAGAAGUGCAGCAAAACUGGACUUCCGCAUCCCAGGGAGCUUCUUUUGCAAUGGGCUUGGAAUUCAUAUGAAACAAACAAGAGCUUGAGCAUUGCUGAUCCAAAACUGGAGUUAGGGACUCUAUCUGAAAACGAGCAAAGAGAAAUAUUAAGAGUUAUACACAUUGCUCUUCUUUGCACUCAAGGCUCUCCUACUAAGCGACCAUCCAUGUUUAAUGUUGUGUCAAUGUUAACAAAUGAUUUAGAGAUUUCAGAUGUACCCACUCCACCGGCUUUAUUGGAUCUUUCAACUGCAACUCCAGAAGCUUCUCCCUUAACGUCACAUGGAUCCAUUAGUUUAUCUCUCUUUCCACGCUAAGAGUUAUAAUUGAUCUCCCUAUUGAUUGGGUUAAAUUUGGAUGCCACUAAAUGAAACAUUCCAUGUUUGGUUGAUGGACUCAUCAGAUUCACUGUACAAAGUUUUUUAAACACAAUAACACAAACAC